AUGGCGGGCUUGACCCUGUUUGUGGGCCGCCUCCCGCCCUCUGCCCGCAGUGAGCAGCUGGAGGAGCUGUUCAGUCAGGUGGGGCCAGUGAAGCAGUGCUUCGUGGUGACUGAGAAAGGGAGUAAGGCAUGCCGAGGCUUUGGCUAUGUCACUUUUUCGAUGCUGGAGGAUGUUCAGAGAGCCCUCAAGGAGAUUACCACCUUCCAAGGCUGCAAGAUCAACGUGACCGUCGCCAAGAGAAAACUGAAGAACAAGUCCAAGGAAAGGGGGAAAGAUGAGUCCCCAGAGAAGGCACUGAAGCCUAAGAAAGCCAAAACAGCAGACAAGAAAGCCCGAUUAAUUAUCCGGAACCUGAGCUUUAAGUGUUCAGAAGAUGACAUGAAGAAAGCCUUCGCUCAGUUUGGAGCUGUGCUAGAAGUGAACAUUCCUAGGAAACCAGAUGGAAAGAUGCGUGGCUUUGCUUUUGUUCAGUUCAAGAACCUCCUAGAAGCAGGAAAAGCUCUCAAAGGCAUGAACAUGAAAGAGAUAAAAGGGCGGACAGUGGCUGUGGAUUGGGCUGUGGCGAAAGAUAAGUACAAAGAUACUCAGCCUGUGUCUGCCUCAGUUAAGGCGAAGAGCCCUGAACCUAAACAGCAGGGAUCAGGUAAAGAGAAGGGGAAGGAGGAAGAGGAUGAUGAUCAUGAAGACGAAGAUGAUGGUGAGGAGGAGGAGGAGGAGGAAGAGGAUGAAGAUGAAGAAGAUGAGGAGGAAGAAGAGGAAGGAAAAUCGAAAGUGACGAAGCUUGUGCAGAUUCAGAAAGCUGACAAGAGGGCAGUAGCUGCAGAGAGCAGUGAAGAGGAUCAGUCCGACGAGGACAGCGACCUGGAGCAGAGAGACGGUGCUGCUGACGGAGAGGAGCUGUCUCACAGUGAUGUGGAUGCCGAGGAGCCGGGGGAUGAAGAUGGACAAAUCUCAAAGAGAAAGAAGAGGCGGAAAUUGCCCUCUGAUGUGAAUGAAGGGAAAACUGUCUUUAUCAGAAACCUGUCCUUUGACUCAGAGGAAGAAGAUCUAGGGGAGCUGCUCCAGCAGUUCGGGGAUCUCAAAUACGUGCGCAUUGUCCUGCAUCCAGACACAGAGCAUUCUAAAGGAUGUGCAUUUGCCCAGUUCCUGACUCAGGAAGCAGCUCAAAAAUGCCUUGCAGCUGCUUCUCCAGAGACUGAGGGUGGUGGGCUUAAACUGGAUGGCCGUCAGCUCAGGGUCGACUUGGCAGUGACCCGUGAUGAGGCCGCGAAGCUUCAGACGAAGAAGGUGAAGAAGCCAACGGGGACCCGCAACCUCUAUCUGGCCAGAGAAGGCUUGAUUCGUGCCGGGUCGAAGGCUGCAGAGGGUGUGAGCGCUGCUGAUAUGGCCAAAAGAGAGCGGUUUGAGCUCCUGAAGCAUCAGAAACUCAAGGACCAGAAUAUCUUUGUCUCUCAGACGAGGCUCUGCCUGCACAAUCUGCCAAAAGCCGUGGAUGACCAGCAGCUCAGGAAGCUGCUGCUGAGUGCCAUGGGAGGGCAGAAGGGGGUGCGCAUCAAGGAGUGUAGGGUAAUGCGAGACCUGAAGGGUACUCACGGGAACGUGAAGGGCCAGUCCCUGGGCUAUGCCUUUGCAGAGUUCCAGGCACACGAGCAUGCCCUGGCAGCCCUGCGGCACAUCAACAACAAUCCUGACAUCUUUGGGCCCCAGAAGAGACCAAUAGUAGAAUUCUCUCUGGAAGAUCGAAGGAAGCUGAAAACGAAGGAGCUAAGGAUCCAGCGUAGCCUGCAAAAAAUGAGAUCUAAGUCUGCAUCCGGUGAGCCCCCAGGGGAGCGACCCAAGCCUGGAAAAGACCAGCAACAGAAGGCAGCUCGAAAUGGCACCCAGGGCCGGAGCCAGGCCUCUCCAGAGCCGAAGGGGAAGGCGGCCUUGACCUCAUGGGCAGGGUUCCAGACCAGGGCAGAGGUGGAGCAGGUGGAGCUGCCUGAUGGGAAGAAGAGAAGGAAGGUCCUGGUGCUGCCCUCACACCGUGGCCCCAAGAUCAGGUUGCGGGACAGAGGCAAAGUGAAGCCGCUCCCUCCCAGUAAGCCAAAGUCCCAGAUAAAGCAGAGGAAGCAAGAGAAACAAAAGUUACCUUCCACACAGGUGAGUUCUAAAAAAGCUAAGGGGAAUAAGACAGAAAUCCACUUCAACCAGCUGGUCGAACAGUAUAAGCAGAAACUGUUGGGACCUUCCAGAGGGGCUCCUCUUGCAAAGAGGAGCAAAUGGUUUGAUAGUUGA